AUGGGUUAUAAACAACCCAACAGUAAGCAACGCAAAUUCCAGUGCCGAAUGGGAUAUUCUCAACACUGGUAUGACAAACACCUGCAGCGAGGCCCUCGGCCAGGUCGAAAGAAUACACCAGGACUGGUGUUGAGGAGUUACCUGGCCACCACCGUUGUCUGCUGCCUCCUGCCAAUUACCACAGUAGACGGAGGCACUGAAGCGGAGAUCAUCAAAGCCCUGGAGGAGACGCAGGAGGAGGUGGCCUGGAAGUACAUACCUUUGAGCGGACCUUCGAUAGACGAGACUAACUCUAAGAAUAUUACGGCUCAGUUGGGGAAGACGGCGGUGCUUAACUGUCGCAUCAAAUACCUUGGAGGCAAGACGGUUUCGUGGAUGCGGAGUCGUGACCUACAUCUGCUGACGGUGGGUCGCUUCACCUACACCAGUGACGACAGAUUCAGGUCAGUCCACCAGCCCGGGUCAGAGGACUGGUUACUGAAGAUCCACUACGCCCAACACAGAGACGCCGGGGCCUACGAGUGUCAAAUCUCUACCACCCCGCCCAUGUCUAAGGUCGUCUGGCUCACUGUGGUUGAACCAGAGACCCGGGUGCUGGGCGGUCCUGACCUCUACAUCAAUUCGGGCUCCACCAUCAACCUCACCUGUGUCGUCAACCACAGUCCAGAGCCGCCACCCUACAUCUUCUGGUACCACGAGAGUGAGCUGCUAUCAUAUGACUCUCCCCGGGGCGGCAUCACGGUGGUCACAGAACACGGGCCCACCUCCUCCUCCAGGCUCCUCAUACAGCGAGCUACCGUCACUGAUGCCGGAAGAUACACCUGUAGACCAGCCAACGCCGACCCUCACCACAUUAUGGUUCAUAUUAUACCUAACGAGCACCCGGCAGCCAUCCACCACAAGAACGGUACCUCCGUGGGCGUUACCUUACACAACCACGCCCACACCUGCCCCUCCCUCGCCCUCCCGCUCCUCCUCGCCCUCCUCUUCCUCUUCACUCCUAACUAUUUACCUUCCAACCCCUCAUCCUCCGAGAAGGCUGGGAGGAAUGAGGCGUCCAGCCAACACACCAACACUCAUGGACCAACAAACAAUCACGGCCAGGCCCAAGGACAGGACGACCACCUCGGCCACGCCCCUGGCAGGAACUACACCCCAGUAGUAUCCUAUAACAAGGAAAACACCUCAGCGGUAUCCUACGCUAACGAUCACACUGUAGAGGUAUCCUAUGCUAAGGACCAGAUACUUGAAGUAUCCUGCACAAAGGACCACACCCUAGAGGUAUCCUAUGCUAAGGACCAGAACCCUGAAGUAUCCUGCACAAAGGACCACACCCAAGAGGUAACCUCCAUUAAGGACCAGAACCCUGAAGUAUCCUGCACAAAGGACCACACCCUAGAGGUAACCUCCAUUAAGGACCAGAUCCCUGAAGUAUCCUGCGUUAAAGACCACACCCCAGAUGUAUCCAACACUGAGAGGAAGGGGCAGAAGGUCCUACGGUACCUGGUCCUAGAAGCUGAGAGGAAAUGAACAGGUGUGGGUGAACCAUAUAACGUAUUCAUGUAAGACUUUAAUGUGCCUUCCAUUUUCCUAAACUUGUAAUAGAGACAACAUCCCCAACUGUCUUCAAUAAAGUUGUGGAUGAGCUCAAAUGUGUAUGAUAUAGAGAUACUGUGCUUAUUUUUCUUUUUAUUAAGGUGUAAACAUAAGUCGAUUUUGUUAGACCUGAACCAAGUUUAAAACCUCGAAUAUAGAAAGUGUUUUUUUAAUGUAAUCUGCCCACAAUCACCUCCCCAAUUCUCCCCUCCCCAAUUCUCCCCUCCCCCAAUUCUCCCCUCCCCCUACUGUUAUUAUCUGUGUCAACCUUCCCCCGCCACUACUCUCCAGGCGACAGGGAAAAAUAAUACACUUGCCAUAAAAGAACGCCAGUGUAGGCAGCAGGUGAGCGAACAUUUUAUUGCUGUCGCUUCCAUAAACGUGUCAUUGUUAGAAACGGAAGAAAAACUCCAGGCGCCGUCUAGCCUACUGCUCGUGCUGGCGAUGUUUUGUGGUCAAGGAUAUAUAUAGACAGACUAUAUUUUAUACACGAGGGAAGGACAGUGGCGAAUACUGUAUAUAUAUAUUGUGGGAGGUGAUGAACAGACGCUGACCUAUGUCUCAUGUUCACCUCCUUCUUCCUGAGCUGGGUCACUUGAUGAUGAACCUAUGACCUAUGUUGUUGACCCGACAGGUAAUGGUGCACCUGUUUUCUGUGUUGGUGACCCGAUAGGUAAUUGUGCACCUGUGAUCUAUAUUGGUGACUCGACAGAUAAUGGUGCACCUGUGACCAGUACUGGUAACCCGACAGGUAAUGGUGCAUCUGUGUUUUAUAUUGAUGACCCGACAGAUAAUGGUGCACCUGUGACCUCUGUUAGUGACCCGAGAGGCAAAGGAAAACCCUACCGUGACCUGUGUUAGUGACCUGGAUGAUAGGUAUCGCUAAACCCCACACAAAGAAUGAAAAUUUAACCGGAGACCAGGUCAUGUUUGUACCUGUGUGAGACCUGUAAGACCCCUCUCUCUAGGUCAUGUAAGUACCUGUCCGAGACCUGUAAGACCCCUCUCUCCAGGUCAUGUAAGUACCUGUGCGAGACCUGUAAGACCCCUCUCUCCAGGUCACCACUAUAGUCUCAGACACACAAAUUGUAAUGUUGUUGUUCGUAUAUAAUAAACAUGGAUGUGACUGAAA